UAAUGAAAAAGGGAGCACCAAAAUAUUAAAACAAAAUUGCAUUCAAAAUGAGAUUUCAUGACCAUUACACAGAGAAGGUUUAGAAUGCCUCUUUAGAUAGGUAUACUUAUAACAUUAAAUUAGAUUAUGUGAAUUGUGUUUAGCUUAGAUUGAAUGGAAAAUAAAAUAUGGCAAAUAUAAGACUCCUCAUGAUUUAUCAAGAUGUUAUAAAUGUGAAAAGAAGAAUAUCUUUAAGGCAUACAGAAGAUUAUGUGAUGCAUGUUCUGAUGAAUUAAAAUAAUGUUCAAAAUGCACAGAACCUAUUGAAAUAAAUAAUGAUAGUUCAAGUGGUGAAGAAAUGGAUGAAACACUUAAAUGUUUAAGAGAGAGAUCAAAAAGAACUGUCCUUAGAAAAAUUGAAAAAGGUAAAAAUUCUUUAAAUAUUUAAAGGUGAAAUAACAUGGGAUAAACAUAAUAAAAAGUUUAUUGAUUGUGAAACUGGAGAAUAGAUGAUUGUUCAAUACAAAAAAGAUUAUAUAGAUGAAGAAGAUGAAUAAUUAUGGGAAGAUAAUGAUAAUGAUGAUGAUGAUGAUGAUGAUGAUGAUGAUGAUGAAAAUAGUGAUGAAAGUGAUGAAGAUAAUAAUACAAAACAAAAUAAAAAAAAGGUUUAAUUCCAAAAACAAUAGAAAGGUUAAAAAUAAAAAACUGAAUAAACAAAAAAAUCAAAAGCUAAAAAAGUUGAAUCUAGUGAUGAUGAGUCAAUUAGUGAUGAAUCAGAUGAAGAAAAUUAAUUCAAUUAAAUUUAAAAAAUAAAUAAAAAAGAUCCUUCAAUUUAUUCAGAUGGAUCAAAUGAAGAAGAAAGAAUCAAUAGAAGAGAGAAAAAUUUUAGAUUUUAUUUUGAUUAAAAAAAUCAAUUAAAUUAAAAUGAAUGA